AUGAAAUAUUUCACGAAUAUAACUACAAAAUUGUUAAUAUUACUAUUUUUAAUUGAAUGUACUAUUUUGAUAGAUUUAAUCAAUGGGUUAAGAAAUAAUGUAUUUGGUACACUUGAUUCAAACAUAUUAGCAAAUAUUGGAUUAGUUCCUACUCAGAGUUCAUCGAAUUCUACUAUAGUUCUUACAACAACCACUACCACCACUCAAGCCACAACAAUCGCUAUUACUAGCACUAGUACUAGUACUAGUACUAUUAGUACAGUAAAUCCAACACAAACUGUAGGUGUUGCAACUACAGGAACUUCAUUUCUUAGUGAAGUUUUUCAAAAACCAUCAUUAGAACAAAUUAAUAAAGAUAUUAAAGAUAUAAUGCAAAAAGAAUCUUCAAAUAAUAACCUUGGAAUUUGUAUAUUCACAAGUAAUCCAUAUUUAGAUCUUGGAUACAGAGAAACAAACUAUUCAAAGUGUACUAAAUUCUUGUUAUCUUUUGAAACAUGGCUAGAUAGUAAUGUAAUAAAUACUUUAAUUCAAGAAGAAAUGACAAAAUUUGGAAUGACAAUUCCUUCUAAAAAGAAGUUCAAUGUUCCGUCUUUGGAAGUUUUAUUCAACGAGUCUUUUCUGCAAGUUUGCGUUAAUUUUUUUGUUGAACUUGUAAAUUCUGGAUCACUAUAUAUUAAUAAUAAUGUAUGUACUGGUACUAAUUGUCAUGACCAAUUUAAUUCAAUAUGUUCAACAGUUUCUAAUUCUUAUGGAAAAUCUGCAUUUGUACUUGGAAGUAGUGUUGUAACUGAAGUUGUAAAUAGAAUUUGUCAGGAAUCUCGAAGACAGAUUUCUGCAAAAUAUCCGACUUUAAUUGCUUCCCCUUCUGAUAUAAGACCCGAUAAUGUUGCUGUAGAAGUUACGGAACCGAUUCCUACAUGA